CCGUGGCGGGGCGUGGUCCUGGUCCUGUCCGGGAGGAGCUGUGGGCUGUCUGGGUGAACUCUCCACACAAAGGAGAGGAAACAAAACAAAGCCAGGAAGCCCCUUAAAAGCCCGGAGUUCAUUUCUAACGCUCCCACACAAAGACCAGGGAGGCUUGGACUUCAUAUUUUAAUUCAGACAGCAGGUUUGUGUUUGUGUACCGGUCUGUACUCCUCCCUGAGAGCUGAGAGAGAGGAGAAAUCCAGACUGCAUGCGCAUUUUAGAGUCCUGCUGUCAGCUGUCCCUCUGCGGCGCGAUGAACGGGACUCGGUGCAGCGCGGCGGACAGUACCGUGGGCGGCGUCCCGGCCUCCGUGGAGGGUCUGCCGCCGCUGCCCAAAGGCCUGAGCGGCAUCCUGAACUCCAGCGGGGGGUCGUGGAGGGACAUCGAGAAGGUGCACAGCAAGAGAGCGCGCAUCCAGGCCGACAUCAACCGGGGCGGCGGGGACGCGCCGCGCGGCAACAGCAAGCCAGGUGGGCUAGACGCUGCUCUGGCUCUGCUGAGGAAAGAGAUGGUGGGUCUGCGUCAGCUCGACAUGUCCCUGCUGUGCCAGCUGUGGUCUCUCCACGAGGCCAUCCAGGAGUACAAGGGCUCCUCGCUUCUGUCUGAGGCCUCCUUCAGUGCUUAUAACGGGGACUCUGAAGAUGAAGAGGAGGACGAUGAGGAGGAAGCAGGAGGCCUCUCACGACCGAUUUCCUCGUCCUUGUCUGUGCCCCGUGCCAGCAGCAACUCCAGGGACCAGUGGAUCAAGGACUCCUUUCAUAUCCCCUGAGAACAGAACAGUCACGUGCAGGAUGUGGAGACACCCUUCAUUUUUAUUAGCCUCGCUUUUAUUCCAUGUAUCCAUAAUCAGGGAAUAUUUUGAGCUUAUUGUCUUAUUCAUGUUACUUUUCUACACUUAAAUGCAAAACCAGUGCCUGUUUGAAAUUAUGUUGCAACUCUUUGUUAUGUAAAUCCACAAGUAUUAACGUUUCAUUCUUUACACUGAUGAAGUUUGAAGAAGCUUACAAGACGCCAUAAGCGGCCUUUGCAGAUCUUUUUUUACUCCCAAGUUUUUGCUCCAUUGGAUCUUUAUGUUGGACGCACAUAUGCUAAGACCGGUGGGUCUUGUAGUUUUAAACCUUCACUAUUACUAUAAAGAAAAUCAGCAGCUUCCUAAUUCAGGCUGUUUGAUUAUAAGUGUCUAAAGUUGCUCCACCUGUGUGAUGUAUUUACAUAUUGCAGCAGAAAUGAAGCCACAUGAAAAUCAGGACAGACAAGUAAGACUUAACAAUAUUCCCUUUAUGCUCAUCCUUGCCAAUUACAAUCUACAUGCUUCUACAUGCUGCUAGUGAAACACAGCUGGGUGUAACAAUGAUUUUGAUAUCUAAAGCAAAGAGGUGGAUGAAGUUAGGUCUCUAAAGAAAGCACUCAUAAAGUUUUAUAAGAGCGAUGUAAAGCCAGUCUGAAGUGUUGGAGUGAAAGCACCUGUUUAGCACAUGCUCUGUUUUCUACACUCAUAUUACCAGGAAUAAGAGGAUGCCACUGCAGAGCAUGACCAACAGGGGACACACUGUCUCCAGUUCCAGUGAGGAGCUCCCUCUGUCCCUCCUGCAGGCCCCCUCCUCCUCCUCCUCUGUGGUGGUGGUGUGUGAAGCAGAGCAGCAGGAGGGGGGAGAACCAUUUGCUGUGUGGAGCGAGGAAAAGUAAUGGGGGGGGUGACGCGUGUGUCAACAGUUUCAUGCUGUUCUCUAUUUAUAAUCGACAUAUGUUGUGGUUAUUGUUAGAAUCAAACUGCCUGUCUGUCUCUCUGGCAGUCUAACAAAGAGUUCGACUGUGGACGUCUGCUUGCUCUACAUUUAAUUAUGAUGUCUCUGUGGUUUGGAUAAUCAACUAAAUGUACAUUUGGAUUUAUAACUUCCUGA